CAGAGGUGUUUGUGUGCGUGUGUGUGUUUAUGUGAGUGUGUGUGUGUAAAUGCUUGUGUGUGUGUUUGCUCAUGUGUGUCAUCAAUUGCGAUCUCCCAGCCCAUGACCACUCAUUAAUAGUCCUCAAAACCUUCUGGACCGAGGAUGGCAGGCACAAGGAAAGUUUUAGUUUGGCUGACAUGUCUCAGCCUCUUAAAUCUAUGUCAAGGAUUCGGAGGUGGAGCCCCCGAUGGUGUGUGCCAAUCGAUGACACCAAACCACAAUGCACCGCCGCAACAGCCGCCAUCUCCGUACAAAGUUACGACUUCAAAAACUGCAAUAGCACCAGGGGAACAAAUUGAAGUUUCAGUAUCCGGUUCUGGAAAUAUCAAAGGAUUCUUCAUCCGAGCUCGUCAAGGUGGCAACUAUUUAGACGUGGGGGACUUUCAGCCUAAUAACAUUGGACAAGUCAGAUGUGGGGGGAAAGGUAUCACACAUACAAGCAAUGCGCCUAAAGAUGUGGUCAAAGUGACCUGGACAGCGCCAAGCAACAUUGGACCAGGAGCUAUACAAUUUGUGGCUACUGUAGUACAAGAAAAAUCCCUUUUCUGGACCAUGAUUCCAUCAGCAGACGUGACAGUGGGCGCUGCACCAGGUGGCGCUAAUCCGGGUGCCGUGACCUCAAUGACAGGAAUGACCACCAUGUCAUUGCCCGGUGGCCAGAUGACCACCAAGCUGCUCGCACCGGCUACAACCACGCCAGGAGCCAUGGGCGGAGCCAAGCCCGUGAACACAGGCGUCUCCUCAUCUCAGAACCCAGGAGUUGUCGCAGUGGACCCAGAGUGUGGUAAAACCAAAGGCUGUUACCAUGAUUGUGGUACAGGGGCUCCCUGUACCUACCUGAUAUCCUGGCUUUAUCAAACUGAUAUUGUCAAGUUUCAGUUCUUGUUCAAGAUACCGUCUCCUACUGACCAGUGGAUCUCAUUGGGACUCUCCAAUGACCAGUACAUGGGAGAUGACAGCGUGAUGGAGUGCGUGAUGGAUGCUGGGACGGUGCAGGUCAAGACGUCCUUCAACACGGACAAGUUCAACGAAUACCCUGACGACAAACAUGCCGGUCUACACAAUUAUGGGGGCUCUGUCAAAAAUGGAGUUCUCGAAUGCAGCUUUGAAAGGAAGAUUGAGUACCCAAGAGAACCCAAAGUCUUUGAUCUCAGUAAACCUUAUCACCUAAUGGUUGCUUACGGUGAGGCUGUAUCAGGAAACAAGUUUCCACACUCUUAUGAAAAAUUGCCUAAAGUGUCAGCUCAGAAAAUUAACUUUCAGGACGUUGGCAGCGUCAAGGGCGGAGCCAGCGCAGUCUACCCGAUGGUCAAAGCUCACGGAACGGCCAUGACAUUCGCUUGGAUGUUCUUCGCAAGUUCCGGUCUGUUUAUUGCAAGACACGGCCGUGCAAUGUUCAACAACUCGAAACCUUUUGGCAUUCUGGUCUGGUUUCAUAUCCACCGCUUCAGUAUGAUAAUGACCGCUCUGUUAACUUUGGUUGGCUUUGCACUUAUUUUAGUCGAAUCCAAGGGCUACAGUAAGAUUCCUGAUUCCCCUGGAAACAAAAGCUGGUACAGAAUGCUCCACCCACCCAUUGGUAUUGUUUUGGUCGUCAUGACCUUCGUCAAUCCAAUCAUGGCACUAUUCCGACCAGAACCAAAAGCACCAUCACGCUCAAAGUUUAACUGGAUUCACUGGGGCAUUGGUAUCCUGGCCUACAUUCUGUCUUACGGCCUGAUUUUAAUCGGCCUUGACCUAACCAAAUCCCAGUCAGACGUGGAAGCCAUUUACGUUGUGUUCGCCUUCAUAGCAUACCACGUUGUCAUGGAGAUUGUCAUCAGGGUGCUGCCCUUCCUGUUGGCUCAUAUGUUCGGAUGUUGCCAGUCUGACUGUUGCAAAAAGAGUAAACGCAGCUAUGACCUUGACAUGUCAGAUAUGUCCGGAAGCGAGCUGCCCAGUAUGACCGAAAGUACUAACGAGAAGGUACUGGAUGACGAGAAGCCAAUGUCUUUCCAUCGCAAACAAAACGGGAUCCGAACCUUUUUGCUCAUCUUCCACAUGCUAGCCUCGGCCUGUUUCUCCAUCGCAGUUCUCUACUUUUUCCUGAAGCACCCCAUCGACGACGCUGGCCCCCACACCGAGAGGGUCGAGCACGAUGACAGUGUGAGGAUCGUUGGGCCAUUUUAGUUUCCAGUGCGCAGUGUCGCCUCCUCGCCUUCAAGCUUCAGCAUGCGCCUCUGAACCUAUUCAAUAAAAUAUUUAAUGAAACAAGAAAAGAAAAGAAAAAUAAAUUGUCUAUAACACUAUCUACAUAGUGCCAGAACAUC